AUGGACCCCGAGGGCUUCGCUGGUCCCUCCGAGAAGGUCGUGAAGCCGCUUACCCCGGAAGCCUUGGCUGCAUUCAAGGCUGCUCAGGAGAGAGCGGGUGUAGUCUAUAUUUCGCGUAUUCCACCGGGCAUGCGACCGACAAAGGUCAGACACAUCAUGACCGCGUAUGGGGAAGUCGGACGGGUCUAUUUGCAGCAGGAGGUUCUGUGUACAGAUCCGAAGCGGGCGUACCUCAGGAGGAAAUAUACGUCGACGAAGAAAGCGCAUUUCACCGAGGGCUGGGUCGAGUUUAAAGACAAGAGGGUCGCUCGUUCCGUCGCAGAGAUGCUCAAUGCCCAGCCCAUUGGUGGCAAGAAGGGAACUCGAUGGCGCGACGACGUAUGGACCAUGAAGUAUCUUCCCAAAUUCAAGUGGAAUAUGCUCACGGAACAGAUCGCUCACGAGGCAGCGAUACAUGUGGCGCAACUACGCGUUGAGCUCUCCCAAUCUCAGCGGGAGCAGCGAGAGUACCUAAAGAACGUGGAGCUUGCACGCGUACUGGGCAAGCGUGCUGAACGCAAGCGCAAAGCUGACACCGACCACGAAGUCACUCCGGCAACGUCUGCGCCCGACCCUUCGCAGAAAAGCGAGGGUAGAACUGAACAACCUUCGCAUACGAAGCCUAGGAAAAAGCAGAGACAACUCCCUGAGGACAGCGGGGUAGAUACGAGCGGUAGACAAUUAGACACUGUACUGAAUAGUAUCUUUUGA